UCUGUUUGUCGAUUGAAAUUCCUCGGCCCCUUUCGGAUCUCUCCGCUUUCUCUAUUGGUUUUGUAGCCCAAAGCAAUUUCCACGCAGCGAGAGGUGCAGUGUUAAAGGCAGGUAAGAGAGAUGGAUUUGGACCAGUGGAUCGCGAAGGUGAAGGAAGGGCAGCAUCUGCUGGAAGACGAGCUUCAGCUUCUUUGCGAAUAUGUAAAAGAGAUUCUCAUUGAGGAGUCGAAUGUGCAGCCUGUGAAUAGCCCGGUAACUGUUUGUGGUGACAUUCAUGGCCAAUUUCAUGAUCUAAUGAAACUUUUCCAGACAGGGGGUCAUGUACCUGAGACAAAUUAUAUCUUUAUGGGAGACUUUGUUGAUAGAGGGUACAAUAGUCUGGAAGUGUUCACCAUCCUUUUACUUCUUAAAGCUAGGUAUGUAAAUUUCUUGCACGUUCGCAUCUGACUUGACUAUUUUGGUGUUCAAAUGAAUUGUGUUAUAUGUACUAACACAAAAUGUACUUGCAUCAUCAUAAUAGCUUGUAUAUAUUUUUAGCAUUUAUCCUUGUAAACUUGUCGGUUGAGGUGUAAGAUAUCAAUUUUUCUCUCAUUCUUUAUCCUUUCAAUUGGGAACUUUCCUUUUUAGAGUGCUUGCCUGACAUCGGAUGAUGGGUAUGAUUCAUCAGAAGUUCAUGAUGUCAGUAGAUCAUUCAAUGCAGCCUUAAUAUUAUUUUCUCAGCAUAUUUGACAUUGAACUAUUCAGAUUUUAAAAUUCUGUUUUCAUGCUGACAACACUGACAUUUACUUGUAAUAAUAAGAACCUUACAUGAUAUCUGAGAUGGCGUUUUUCUUUGUAAACUCUUUAAUUCAAAACGACUCUUCAAUCUCCAUAAAUCCACAAAGGACUUUCCCUUGAAACACCAUUUGCUGAAAGCCACAAGGAGACUGUUAUGGUGCCUUCAAAGAGGACGUGGAGGAAGAAACUUGGUAAAAAAUUCAUCGCAAUCCAAUCUGAAUGAGUACGCUAUGCUCUUGAUAGAAAACUGAUCACAUAAAUCAUCUUUCAUUUUAAGGCCACUUAGCUUUUCUGUUGGUUGUAAUAUUUCAUUAAUCAUGUUUGGAUUGCAGAUUUUAAAAGUCUUUUGACAAUUAAAUGUUCAUGCAGAUCCUUUCUGUAUCCUACAUUUAGUUGGAACAUUUCUUUG